AUGGUAGCGCUGGUGACCGGCAUGGAAACCCUAACCCAAAAAGACAGAGACCAGGACCUGCCCAUCGUGGUCUGCACGGAUAGCCUCUCAGCGGUGGCGACCCUGCGCAACGGCCCGGCCGCCCAGACCUCCCCGCUGGAAGUAGCGGCUUGGAGAGCCAUGUCCGCCCUCUCGAAUGAUGGCCGGACGAUCCACGUCCAGUGGGUCCCCUCGCACUGUGGUGUGGAGGGUAAUGAGCGAGCCGACAGGGUGGCCCGAGAGGCCGCGGAUCUACCACAAGACAGCGUGCCUGCAGACAUCAGGACAAUCACCCGAGCGGUGGCUAGGGCCGCCCGCGACGACACGGUCCGGGCCUGGCCCCCCGGCUGGUUCCGGUCGCUGGUGGGGGGCCGAUUCCCCCCACCGGUGGCGGGGCUGGACCGGGAGAGAGCGGUGGACGUCCACCAGCUGCGAGCCGGGCACUGGUCGGGCUCUAGGGCCUAUCUACGCAGGAUCGGUGCCGUUCACUCUGUGGGAUGUGAGGGCUGCCGAGACGAGGGCUGUGUGGCGGCCCGCUGCCCCCUGUGUAAUAAGGAGCCUGACACGCCGGCACACGUGCUGCUGAGAUGUCCGGCGCUGAUGCGACUGAGACAUGCAACCCUGGGUCACAUCCAUCCCAGGCUGGAGGAGGUCCGGGAGACCUCAGUGGUGGCGGCCCUGGCGGCCGCCGCCAGACGCUUCCAGAGCCGCCUGGCUAUGCCCCCAUGA